AGCAAAUAUAUCUUAUUUUCUACUUUAAAAAGAAAUUAUGCAUCAUAAAUUGCUUCGAUACUAUGAAAUAACAUGAUUUGGAGUUGUUAAAAUUUAUUAACUAAAUGAUAUAUGAUACCAACAAAGUAUAAUAUGAUAUUAGCUAACAAAAUAAAUCAUAUGUAUUAUGAUAUACAAAAUGAAGUAUCAAAUAAAAGUUAAGAUUUUAAUAACAAGCUAGCUCGAGCUCGACUCGACUCGUUAAUAAAUUAGCUGAGCCGAGCUCAAGCUGGGGUAAAACUCGACUCGGCUCAUUUGCAGCCCUACCUGCAGGGAGAGUAAAAGUUAAUACAAAUGCGGGUAUUGGUGAGGAUGGUCUUGGUAUGGGAGUUAUAGUUCGUGACUAUGAAGGAAGAUUCAUCCUAGCUGCCGCUAAGAGGGUGAAAGGAAGCUUUGAUCCAGCUUGUGGGGAAGCAAUGGUGGUGGAACUGGGACUGUUUUUGGCCAAGCAGCAUGAGCUGGGGGAUGUAGUAGUGGAGACUGACUGUUCUACGGUUGUGAAGUGUGUUCGGGAACCAUUGCAGGACCAGACGGAGUUGGGGGUGAUUUGCAGAAAUAUAAACAGGGAACUUGGAUUGGUCGGAGAUGGGAGCAUUCAACAUGUUAGUCGGGAUGCGAAUGAAGCUACAGACAUUAUGGUGCAUGUAGAGACAUGGUGGGAUGAAAUGGAGGUUUGGUUAGAUUGACCCCCGAUAUGUCUGCUUAACCACUUAUUUAUGAUAAUGUAACUGUAAAUGCUUCAUCUUCGAAAUAAAGCUAAUCACAGGAUUCUAUAUAAAAAAAAAUUGAAUCGCGAUUUCGACACAAAAUCUAAAUAUAAUCUAAUCUAAACAAAUACUAUAAAGUUUCUCUUUAAAAACCCCUUCAAUACCAAGUUUUAUGCUCUCUGCGCAUAGGGCGGAGGGACCUUUUGGUCCAAACAAAAUAUUAAUUUACAUGGACCAAGGAGAGCAACGGAGGGCAUUUUUGUGGGCCCAAUUCUUAAUAUUUUAGUUAAAAAACAAUUAAUUUACAUGGUAAUGGAGACUCGGAGAGCAAAAAUGGGAGGAUGGAUGAUAUUUCUGUGGACUCAGCUGCUUAAUUUUUUUUUAUUUACAUGGGCCAUUUAUAUUUCCACAUGAGAGCAGGAGAAUGCUCUAAUUUUUUUAUAAAAAAAAUUUUACAAUAGCUUUUAAGUGGUGGAUUUCAAUUGGGUAGAGCUUAAGCCUGAAGAUAAACAUGGGGGAAAAAAAAGUAGCCAAUUUCAGCUUAAAAACAAAAAACAUGAAUCCGCCGCAAUAAAGGAAAUAAGCAUGAUUAAAAAAAUGCAUGGAAAUAAGUAUAUGGCAUCCUUUCUAAUAAAGUUAACUUAUUAGGGUGUGCCUAUGGUGACAUGCAUGUCAUGAUGACUUGCACUUUCCGGUCGACCUCAUUUAGAAUUCGGUCGACCUCAUAUAGGAUCUGAUCGACCUCAUUUAGGAUUCGGUCGACCUAAUCUGUUGUUUCAGUGUAAAAACAGUUCAUGGUGCCUACUUUGGAUAUACAUAUCAUACAAUUGGCUAGAUGGAAAUUGAAGACUAAUGACUUGUUUUGAAGCUGGAGUGUCCCUCUACAUAUUGAAGUGAUUGAGAGCUCGAUAGGAAGUCCAGAAGACCAUUUUUGAACCAUCAAAAGGCUAUGCCAAAACUGGGAAACUGCCAGGAAAUGGCUAAGUCUGUAAACGUGUUUGUGAAGACUAUUUUGGAACUCAAUUCGAGAAGCAUGAAUGCGAGUCGAGUCCAGGAGCCUCUACCACGUUAAAUUAGGUAUGUUUUUAUACAAAUUCAAGGCAUUGGAUGAAAGAUUGGAUAUCUGUAACACUUCAAACAAAAGGGUCGAAGUUUCUACGAAGGCUGUUUUUCUGGCAGACUUCGAGCACAAGCAAGCUGCCAGAAAUACAUCCUUCGUAGCAAAUUCGAGCCUUUUGUUUGAAUCCUUAAAGAUAUUCAAUCUUUCAUCCAAUGCCUUGCCUUUGUAUAAAAACAUACAUAAUUUAACGUGGUAGAGGCCCCUGGACUUGACUCGCAUCCAUGCUUCUCAAAUUGAGCUACAAAGUAGGCUUGACAAACACGUUGCCAGACUUAGCCAUUUUCAGGCAGUUUCCCAGUUUUGGCAUAGCCUUUUGGUCAGGUUCAAAAAUGGUCUUCUGGACUUUCUAUUGAGCUCCCAAGUACUUUAAUGUGUAGAGGGACACUUCAGCUUCAAAACAAGCCUUUAAUCUCCAAUUUUCAUCUAGCCAAUUGUAAGAUAUGAAUCUCCAAAGUAGACACCAUGAAACUGUUUUUAGGGCCCGCCCGUUAGGCGGAUAUGUUUUUUACUUUUUUUAUACAACACCUAUCGUUGGAUGGAUAGCAAGAUACAUUAUGUAGAUGUCAUAAACAAAAAUAGUAAUGGUUCAAAGCAAGUUACGGAAUACAAAAUGAAUAUAUUAUUAUAGAGUUGUUCAAUAUUCACUGAUAGUCUGAUACUGUGAUAUAAAGAUGAAAAUAAAUAAUUAAAUCCAUG